AUGAGCUCCAGUAACCUCACCGGAAUUUAUGGGGGUUCAGAUGAUCCCUGCAUCCUGGGCUACACUAACGGGACAUACCCAAAUGGAACAUUGGGUCGAGGAAACUGGCGCAGAUAUGGCGUUUACAUGCCCUCAGUUGCCGAAAAGGAAGCAUGUCAAGCUCCCAACGAUCCUUGGGUAUGGACCCAAUACUAUGGCUGGUGGACAACUUACUUCAUCAUGGUUGGCGUGGUGGCCGUAUCGCUGGUGAAUGGUAUCAAACGAUUGCACAACUUGAAUCGAAUCAUGGGCCUUCCGAGCGUCAUCUAUCAUCAUCCCAAAGUUGCUGCUCUUUUCAGGAUGGGGAGCUACCCUCAACUGAAAUUAUUCCGUGUACAGCUUCCACCCCUUGGACCUUCUAUCUUCCUCUUUGGCUUCCUAACCUACAGCACUCUUGUGUGUUUCUUACGAAGACCGUAUUACCGACCACCACAUUACGGUGGAUCGCCUUUAGGAAUAAGAGCCGAAUGGGUGGCUACUGCUAUGACACCUUGGUUGUAUACUACAUCAACAAAGAGAAACUUUUUGGUUUAUUUUACUGGAGUCAGUUUCAAAAGGAUCAUGGAUUUCCACAAAUGGGCACCGUGGAUUUGUUUGUACAUGUCGAUUCUUCACACCUGGACCAUGAUUAUCAGGAUUCAACGGCAGCAACCAUGGCAUUACACCAUUACCCACAACAAACUUUAUUGGAACGGAUUCAUUCCCCUCCUUGCCUUGGGGUGGCUAUGCGUCAUGAGCUUAGGCCCAAUAAGAGCAAGAUUCUAUGAAAGUUUCUUUAUUUUCCACAUGAUUGCCGCUUUCAUUUUUCUGGUGGGGAUGUACAUUCACCUGGAAAACGUUUUGGAAUCUUGGCAAUAUAUGCAUGCUGCCACGGUCCUCUGGGCAGCUGCCAUAUUGUGGCGAUUACUGGCCUAUAGUUUGGAUCAUGGAUGGUUCAGCCGGGUUCCGCGUGCCACAAUCGAAGCCCUCCCAUCCAACGCCGUCCGAAUUCGAAUCCCGGUACCAAGUUCUCGUCGCUGGAGUGCAGGCUCUUAUGUCUAUCUUCGCUUUCCUAGCAUCAAGCCAUGGCAAACCCAUCCUUUCACCAUUUCGUCGCUCCCGGUUCCAUCUUACAAUGGAGAAGAAGGAAACGAAAUGGUUUUCGUGCUUCGCCCUCGCGAGGGCUUGACUGCCCGCCUGAAAACUCUAGCCAACAUCCCCUCGGUGCCUGCAAUCCGAUCUUGCUUGAUUGAUGGGCCUUACGGAGGCUUCAUGGACUCUCUGCGAGCUUGUGAUACGGUCUUACUCAUAGGAGGAGGUACGGGAAUGGCAGCGUUGAUUUCGAUCGCUCAAAGCCUACAACGAAGCGGGUCUGCACCAGGAAUGUCGUGUUGCACUGCGCUGGAAGUUCAUUGGGCUGUCAGGGAUUCGGUGUGCCUCGAAUGGUUUCGUGAACAGUUAAACGAGAUCGGCAACGUCAAAGUUUAUGUCACUAAUGAAACUCAGCCGGAACAAGUCGAUCAAGGCAAGAUGGAGAUCAAAAAACAGGAAAUAGGCCAAUUGGAAAUUCAAGAGGAAGAAAAGAAAAAUCUCUCAACCCCUUCCUUACCAUCUCAGACUCUCUAUAACCGGCCCAAUCUCGCUGAUAUCAUCAAAGAGGCUGCUGCACGUUACCCAGGGCGUAUUGGCGUAAUGGUUUGUGGUCCAACCUCCAUGGUCACCGAAGUUCGAAAUUCAGUGGCCAAACUUCAAAAAUCAAUUCUGUUUUCGGAAGAAAAUAUUAAAUGCAACGAGCUGGAACUCUAUCAGGAGUCAUUUGAAGAUUAA